AUGACCAUUUCGCAUACAUGGGUCGAAGAUCUGAAUAUGCAAGUUAUCAGACGUGCGUAUCUACAAUCCCACGGGGAAAGUGUCCGGAAUAUCCGCCACGCCUUCCAAGGCAAGGAGACAUUGUACAACCAACGGGGCUCGACGGGCCAAGACCGGGUAUAA